ACUGUUCCAGAAUGGCUUAAUUAACAUCAAAUGUUCAUGAUCACAUUUACACUUAAUAAGAGUUUUGUGUAUGAUUACUUUGCGUGCGUAUGUCAUGGAAAAUGUUGGCUGAUGUUGAGAGACAUUUGCUAAUGGAAAUGAAACUCAUGGAAUUAGAAAGCAGAAAUGAGAGUAGACAUACUUUCUUCAUUAUUAUCCUCCACCUCUCUUUUUCUUUUUCUCUUUAUUUCAUUACUUUCUACACUGUCAGCCCGAUGUCUAAGAUAGUUAUGUGUAUUGAAUUCGAUUAUAUAACUUGAGGGAGUUUUAAUUGUUUGUUCUAAGUUCAUACCCUUUACAUCUAUUAGAACUCAUAAACAAAUACUGCUGCAAAUUACUUACCAACAUAAUGAAGUGCUAGGAAAGAAGGCUUUGUGCCGUAUAUCUGGGUAUUGCUAUAUGCUGAUGUAGGCCUUUUCUAUCCAAUUAGUCUCUUAUACAAUAGAUGCUGCUUACCUUGAGAAAAAAAUAUUGCUUUUCUUUCUCUAUGAAGCAUAUUGGUUCCCUAGCUUUGCACUUGUAUAUCUAGCUUUUUCUCAAAGUCCAAGUUAGCUGGAGAAGGUGUUACUAAUUUGGGAGAUUUACUACUCUUUGGCACAUCCAAAAGGAGCUAUUGCACAUAACUUUCACAGAAGAUGCCUCUGCAGUUACCACAAUUAUACCGAUUAGAGUUUUGUCACGACGAAAAUUGAGAAUUGAAAAUUGAAACUGCUUUCAAGUUGUAUGGAUGGUCAACACAAUCUUCCAGAAAAAAGGCUGUUAUAAUCAAAUUUUUUGCUUCUGGAGGAACAGGGUAAAGAAGUCCUGCUGGGUUAUAAUUGUUGUCUUGAUACCGGGAAAUAUUUUCUGAAAAGUCAUCAAAUUGAAAUUAUGGGUGCCGCAGAUACUCCCAAAGUCAACCAAGAAAAUCCUUUGCCAGCAGAGGCGAAGGAGAUGCUUCAAUCAAUAGCUUCAAAGUGGAGCGAUGUAACCGACUCAACUGCUUUGCAAGUGAUCCGAUUAAAGGGUGCGAUGACCAAUGAAGUUUAUCAAAUUAAAUGGCCAACCAAGGCUGGAGAAAUGUCUCGGAAGGUCUUAGUAAGAAUAUAUGGCGACGGUGUGGGCGUCUUCUUUAAUAGGGAGGAUGAGAUUCGGACUUUUGAGAGCAUGUCAAAGCAUGGCCAGGGGCCUCGUUUGUUAGGGCGUUUUUCAACUGGGAGGAUUGAAGAGUUCAUUCGUGCAAGGACGCUAUCAGCAUCUGAUCUACGUGAUCCAGAUAUAUCUGCUCUUAUAGCUGCCAAACUGAGGGAGUUCCAUUACCUUGACAUGCCUGGAGCAAAAACUAUUACACUCUGGGAUCGUUUACGAGAUUGGUUGAUUACAGCUCAACGACUCGCCCGCCCAGACCAUGUUAAUGAAUUUUCCUUGAAUGCUCUAGGGGAUGAAAUCUCUGAACUGGAAAAGAAACUUUCAAGCAAUCAACUUGUAGGAUUUUGCCACAAUGAUCUGCAAUAUGGUAACAUAAUGAUAGAUGAACAAACAAUGUCAAUAACUAUCAUUGAUUAUGAAUAUUCUAGCUACAAUCCUGUUGCAUUUGAUAUAGCCAAUCACUUCUGCGAGAUGGCUGCUGACUACCAUUCAGAAACACCUCAUCUUCUGGAUUAUAAUAAAUACCCUGGUCUGGAAGAGCGUCAAAGGUUUCUGCGCAUAUAUCUAAGUUCAUCAGGAUGCCAACCCAAAGAUUCUGAAGUGGAACAGCUACUUGAAGAGGUUGAGAAGUAUACUCUUGCAACCCAUUUGUUCUGGGGAAUUUGGGGAAUAAUAUCGGAUCGUGUAAAUGACAUCGAGUUUGACUACGUGGAGUAUGGAAGGCAACGGUUCCAGCAAUAUCGGCGGACGAAGCCUAAGUUACUGGGUACUUGACCUGCUGCUGGGAGAUGGCAUGAGUAGUAUAAAGAAGAUAAAUCAAGCAAACUGUGUUGUCCGUGGAAUGUGCUGAUGGUAAAAUGUACUUGAAGCCUAUAAAGCUGAGUAUACUUUUGAAGGUGUUCAUACUUCGUAGCCUGUCUUGGAUGAACAUAAAUAAAACUAUGUUAUAUUUUAACUAGCUCCCAAGUCUUGUAAUGGUUUUGAAUAGUACAUAUCUCUGUCUAAGGGCUGAAUGAAAGUACUUUGCCACAAUCUGCUAUGUAAUUUUUGUAAAUCUUUUGCUAAUGUGGUAAAGCUUGCUGCUUCAUAGUUUGAAUGGAUACCCUUUUUCAAA